AUGAGGGAUGUAGACUCGGCUUAUCUGGUGAAAGCUGAUUUGGAGGACAAAGUUGGUGCCCUGACUGAUGAGAUCAACUUCCUGAGAACCAUCUACGAUGAGGAAUUGCGUGAGCUGCAGGCCAGCAUUAAAGACACGUCCGUCAUCGUGCAGAUGGACAACUCACGAAACCUCAACAUGGAUCAAAUUGUGGCCGAAGUCAAGGCUCAAUACGAGGAGAUCGCAGUCAGGAGCCGCGAAGAGGCUGAAUCCUGGUACAAGUCCAAGGAAUCGUUAACAAUGAGACCAGGAAGAUGGAUUAAGAAAUUUGAUCAGAUGUCCUCUCAGGCCAGUCAGUACAACGAUGAACUGCGAAACACAAAAGGAGAGAUCGCAGAUGUCAAUCGCAUGAUCAGUCGUAUGCAGAGCGAGAUUGAGGUUAUUAAAUCACAGCGAGCUAACCUGGAGAACCAGAUAGUGGAGGCUGAGGAUCGUGGCGAGAUGACUGUGAAGGAGGCCAAAGGUCGUAUUAAGGACUUGGAGGAGGCGCUUCAGAGAGCCAAGCAGGACAUGGCCCGCCAACUCCGUGAGUACCAGGAGCUCAUGAACGUCAAGUUGGCGCUGGACAUCGAGAUCGCCACCUACAGGAAGCUGCUGGAAGGCGAGGAGGACAGAAUUGGACAGCAGCCCAUUGUGAACAUCCAGGCUGUUUCUAACUACAGUUCCAAAGGGGUGAAUGGUUUUCAGCAGAACAGCUCUCCAUCACCUACAAUCCUGAUCAAGACUACUGAGAGCAGAAAUAACAGCAGAUACAGCACUUACUAAAGUGUCAACCAUCAUCAAAACAAUGCUAUACUACACAUAUGACAGUUAACCUUAAAAUUAGAAGUAGUUUUCUUUUGUCUUUCUGUGAAUCAAUGGAAAGAAUCUGAAAUUAAUUUUCCUGAAAGAACAAAGGUGUUGUGCCUGAUUCAAAUACUAUACAUGUAUUCAAUAUAA